CAGUGAACCUGGUGCAGCUGUUAGAGCUGCAGCUGAUGCUUGUUCUGCGGUGGGAGUCCAGCGAUGGAGCGCCCGGGGCCCAGCGAUGUGACAGGCUCAGACGCAGCGGGACCGGACCCGCAGCUGGCGGUCACCAUGGGCUUCACGGGCUUCGGAAAAAAAGCUCGCACAUUUGAUUUGGAAGCAAUGUUUGAACAAACUCGAAGAACAGCUGUGGAAAGAAGUCGGAAAACACUGGAAGCAAGAGAAAAAGAGGAAGAAAUGAACAGAGAGAAAGAAUUAAGAAGGCAAAAUGAAGAUAUUGAACCAACAUCUUCAGGCUCAAAUGUGGUCAGAGAUUGCUCUAAAUCAUCUUCCAGUGACACGAGCAGCAGUGGAAGCGAAGAGAGCUCCGACCCUUCUGACGAUGAGCUGAUUGGCCCCCCUCUACCCCCCGGAAUGGCGGACGAGCCAGUCCAUCGUGUGGAAGAAGCUAUCGGUCAUUUACCGCCCCCUCUCCAGGAAGAAGAGGAGGAAGAUGAUGAUGGUGAUGGUGAUUCAGAAGAAGAGGAAAAUCCUGUCCGAAGGAUCCCGGACUCUCACGAGAUCACACUGAAGCACGGCACUAAAACAGUUUCUGCUUUGGGUCUGGAUCCCUCAGGUGCCCGCUUGGUGACUGGAGGAUAUGACUACGAUGUUAAGUUUUGGGAUUUUGCUGGAAUGGACGCUUCUUUUAAGGCCUUUCGGUCCCUUCAACCCUGUGAAUGCCAUCAGAUCAAGUCAUUACAGUAUAGUAAUACAGGAGACAUGAUUCUUGUUGUGUCUGGAAGCUCUCAAGCCAAAGUGAUUGACAGAGAUGGUUUUGAAGUAAUGGAAUGUAUAAAAGGAGACCAGUACAUUGUGGACAUGGCCAACACCAAGGGCCAUACAGCAAUGCUUCAUACUGGCUCCUGGCAUCCCAAAAUAAAGGGAGAAUUUAUGACUUGCUCCAAUGAUGCGACUGUGAGGCUAUGGGAAGUCGAAAAUCCAAAGAAGCAGAAAAGUGUGUUUAAGCCGCGGACGGUGCAGGGUAAGAAGGUGAUCCCCACCACGUGCACCUACAGCAGAGAUGGGAGCCUCGUGGCCGCUGCCUGCCAGAACGGCAGCGUGCAGAUCUGGGACCGGAACCUGACGGUCCACCCGAAAUUCCACUACAAGCAGGCUCACGACCCCGGCACAGACACUUCCUGCGUGACUUUCUCCUACGAUGGCAACGUCCUUGCCACUCGUGGAGGUGAUGAUACAUUAAAGCUGUGGGAUAUCCGACAGUUUAAUAAGCCACUGUUUUCAGCUUCGGGUCUUCCGACCAUGUUCCCAAUGACCGACUGCUGUUUUAGUCCAGAUGAUAAGCUCAUAGUCACCGGCACAUCUGUUCAAAGGGGAUGUGGCAGCGGCAAACUCGUGUUCUUCGAGCGCAGGACUUUCCAGAGGGUGUACGAGAUAGACAUCACGGAUGCAAGUGUGGUCCGCUGCCUGUGGCAUCCCAAGCUGAACCAGAUCAUGGUGGGAACUGGAAACGGACUGGCCAAAGUCUAUUACGACCCCAACAAGAGUCAGAGGGGAGCGAAGUUGUGUGUGGUUAAAACCCAGCGGAAGGCGAAGCAAGCCGAGACUCUGACCCAGGACUACAUCAUCACCCCUCACGCCUUGCCCAUGUUCCGCGAGCCCCGCCAGCGCAGCACCAGGAAGCAGCUGGAGAAGGACAGACUGGACCCCGUGAAGUCUCACAAGCCCGAGCCCCCUGUGGCAGGCCCAGGUCGCGGCGGCCGGGUGGGGACCCAUGGGGGCACCCUGUCGUCAUACAUUGUGAAGAACAUCGCUUUGGACAAGACCGAUGACAGCAAUCCCCGGGAGGCCAUUCUGCGCCAUGCCAAAGCCGCGGAAGACAACCCGUAUUGGGUUUCUCCAGCAUACUCCAAGACUCAGCCCAAAACCAUGUUUGCACAAGUGGAAUCUGAUGAUGAAGAAGCAAAGAAUGAGCCAGAAUGGAAAAAACGUAAAAUCUGAAGCAUCUCAUAUGAGAGCAGUUUGCAUGAUGGGGAGGGAUAUUGGACAGUUGUUUGUUAGUUUGUUUGUUUUUUAAGGAAAUGAAAAAUACAUUUUUAUGAACAGA